AUUUUCUUUUAAUGAGAUCACAAAGUCCCUUAAUAACAUCAGAAAAAUACAAAUAUUCUGUUAAUUUUUUUACUCCUAUUAGAAACAAACAUAUUUCUUAACUUUCAACUGGAAAUAAUCUUUUAGGAUCUCCUCCAACAGAAGUUUAAUAAAAAAAAAAAGAAUUUAUACCCUAAUCUCACCAGAAGCUUUUGGAAAAGCAAUUAUAAAUUGGAACUUCGAAUAAUUAUUAUUAGAAAAUAAAAAAUGGAAGUUUGGACAAAUAUAGUAGUAUAAUUUUUAAAAGUGGAUACGAAUAAUAAGAGGAGAUAAAAAGAUUAAAUAAAGAAAAUGAGAUUCUAAAGGAUGUGAUAAAAAAAUAAUAGGAAAAAUUAUAGUAAUUUUUAGAGUUGGAAGAUAUUAUAGAAUAGAAUCGCUUAUUACAAGAGAAGGUUUAAAGAUUAGAAAAAGAGAAAUAAGAAGAAAAUAAAAAAGAAGAAAGCUAGAAAAUAGAAAAUGAAUGA